AUGGAUAAUACCUUCGAAAAAUCGUUCACCAAAGCUCAGCAGCUCCAGGGUAUCUCUUUAGGAUCAUUCAUUGCAUCCGUCUCCUUUUCUGCGAGCAUAUUCACACUACAAGUUCUUGCGUUUCUCGUCAUCCGCAAGCGAUUCCCAGAUUUCUACCCUAUUAUUCCCGACCAUUACACCAAUACACCGGUAAACUGGAAGACAUACAUUGCAACCAACUUGGUUCGAUUUGACCCCCGCCAUGAGCAUCUCGAUAGAUACUUUUUUCGCCGGUACCUACGAUCACUAGCUGUUAUAUUCACUCCCGCUUCGAUACUUAUACCACCUAUUCUUAUUCCUUUGAACUACACCAAAGGAAAAACUGCUGUUCUUGGAGUAAGUGGACUUGAUGCGUUGGGAUGGUCCAAUGUUGGCCUUGAUCAGGCAGAUCGUUACUGGGCCCAUCUCAUCCUUGGUUUGCUUUUUAUCGUACAUGUUUGCUGGGUUAUCUGGAACGAGCUUGCAUUUUAUGUUGCAACCCGGCAACACUCAACAUACGCGGCCCUGUGCACAGUACUCAUCGAAUCUAUACCCGAUGAUUGGAUGUCCGAGAGGGCACUCACGUCUCAACUCGAGGUCUUCCCUGGCGUAGUUACCGCAAUUUCCUUCAAUCGCGACUAUAGCCUAAUUUCCCGGCUGGCAGAGAGACGGGAGCAUUUGGCUCGAUCCCUCGAAAUGGAGGAGAUUUCAAAGAUACGGAAGGCCUACAGAGCAGGCGUUCAGAAACGAAGCAAGAAAUCAAAACUUCCCCAAAGAACUAGACACUCAAGCUACAAAUCACGCAGCCUUCUAAACCUCUUCGUCUGGAUGGAACGUGAAACAGUAGAUACCAGCAUAGUGUAUCGAGAGAAACUUCUUAAAACUAGUGAAGAGAUGGAAUUUUAUCGUGCAGCACCAGAGAAAUCUCCACUAUUGCGAUCUGCCUUUAUUACCUUCGCCAAUCCCCUAGCCGCUCAUAUGGCAUGUCAAACCGUGAUUCAUACUGGCUCAGGUUAUAUGACACCCCGCACAAUACCUUUGUCCAUUGACGACGUGGUAUGGAGCAAUAUUAACAUUACUUGGAAGGACAGAACCAUACGCACUGUCCUUUCGAACACGCUUAUCAUGGUAACGGCGACUGCUUGCGUCAUACCAGUAGCUCUGGCAGGUCUGCUCUCCCAGGUCAUCUACAUCACUCGGGUGGUGCCUUGGCUGAGCUGGAUCAGUGAACUUCCAGAAUCCUUCCUAAGUCUACUCCAAGGUGUAUUGGCUCCCACACUAGUGGCCAUCUUGACCAAAGGAUUUGUCGUCGCAUUAGAAUAUUUUGUCGGGCAGCAGGGUAUCUCUUCCAGGAGCCAUAUAGACCUCAAGAUUCAGGAUUAUUACUUUUAUUUCCUCUUUCUCCAAGUUACUCUCGUAGUAUCACUUUCUGCAGGACUUACCGCGAUUGCGAACGAGAUGGCACAUGGAGCCUCAUUGGCUGGGACCUUGGCCAAGAAUCUACCAAAAGCAAGUAAUUACUUCCUGUCAUAUAUUCUCUUACAAGCUUUUUCAAUUAGCGCCAACUCUCUUUUGAGAUUUGAUCGCUUGAUAGGAACCUUUGUACUAGGCCCAAUCUUCGAUAAGUCAAUUACUCAGAUGAUGAUAAGAAGAAAGGGCCAGGACCUUCAAUGGGGCACUUUUGUUCCUUUUUUUACAAACCUCUCUUGCAUUGGUAGAUCCAGUAUCCUGAUCACUAAGCGGGAUCAUGGGGGUCUCUUCUAUCCCAAAGCAAUCAAACAGCUCUUGAUAGGCUUGUAUCUAAUGCAAGUCUAUCUUAUCGCUCUGUUUCUUCUUGUACGAGACUCGCAGGGCAACAUUAAGUGUAUUAGUCAGGCAUGCGUCAUGUUGUUUGCUACAGGGUUGACUGUGAUAUACCAUCGCUUGCUUUGCAGAGCAUUCAAUCCGCUGAUAAGCUUUUCUCCCACUGCGCUCAACGAGAGUCUAGCCGAGGAGGCAAUGCCACCCCCUCCUUUUCUCCACAAGGCCCUUACAUCAGUUCCAGUGAUUAGAAUCCCUAACGAUGACCACGGGAUCAGUUCAGCUCGAGCACUGCAGCUUAGAGAGGAACUAAAAGGUGUGGCAAUAUCUGAUACGGACGCUAUCAUGACUGCAUCAGGCAAGAUACGCUUAAAGUAG